CCCCGACGAUCGAUUUGCCAUCUCUGCUAAUCAAUUACUCACUCAUUCGCGUCUCAAACCUAGGCUUGGUUCCCAAUUUUCGAUCGUCCGCGUCAUUUCCAUCAUUUCCCUUACCCGACGUACACCUGUCCUUUGCUGUUUAUAUCCGUCUCAUACCAGAUCUGUUUCCCCUCAAACGCGCCGUACCCAUUGCGAUCUAUCUUCUGCAGACGUGCAACCUUUCCCAGUGAACGAGCCAACAAGGAUAACGUGCGCAACCAUGGAUGACUCUAUCGACCCCGAAUCCAUUACCCCUCCUGCCCGCGCCGGCUCGCCCUCUCCGUCGGUCCCAGCGACCCCGGCCAUCUCCUCCUGUCCGUCGCCGGGCCGUACCUUUUCGUCCCUCUCCUCGCUCUCGGCCUCGUCUGCGACUUCCGCCGAUGCGAGGUCAUCGAUCUCGACCUCAUCCAAGCGACGGGGCUACAUACGGACUCAGGGAGCCGAGUUCGCAGAGUCGGCCAGGAAUCGGGAGAGUGUGAUGAGCCUGGGUAGCAUUGCGCAUCUGCAAUACUACUUUGCUCGGACAGGCUUGCUGGAUGGGAAGGGUGGCCAGGCCCGUGCAUAUAAGAAAAAGAAAAAGAACCCAGAGGAAGUUCCUCGGUUGCUGCUAACCCCCAAUGCUCGAUUCAUCGACGAGUUGACAGCCAGCCCUACGGAGGAAGAAAGCAUUGAUCCCCGCGAUUCCGGGUUGGAGGAUGAAGGAGAGGAGAUCGAGGAGGACGUCGAGGAAAUGCUUCCGCCUACCGUGAGCACGUACAGCAUCAAGACGCACCACAUCCCAUCCCCACCGAAACUGAAGGCACUCCGGAAAGACUUGAUGGACGCGAUGGAAAAGGCCGAUCGAGCGAUCCAUUCCAUCGACACCCAGAAGGAAGCGCCCGCGGACAUGAUUCCGCCCCGAAUUAGUUUUUCUUCCAACGAACCCGCCGAUAGCGGAGAUGACUCGCCAGAACAGCCUCCCCCGGAGGCAAUCCCUCAAACUUGGCAAGAAAUCCAGGGCAUGCGUGUCUUGGAUGCUGUCACCCUGGCGAUUCGAGCUGCGAAGAUCUACUACACCGCACAUGAACGUCCCGAACGACUGGCCUCGAUCAAGGACAAGCGCGAGAUCCGACAGGAGCUCUUCAGUGUGCUCGAGGUGAUGAAACGCUGGGCCUCUCGGAAUUUCGCCGAGGGGCUUCGCGACGACGAGCGAUCCGCCAUUGUGGACUGGAUGGGCAACUUGCGCGACAUGCUGGCCCGAGAAGCCCAGCUGGAAUCAUUUGAAGCCAAAGAGCGGGCGGCCUGGAUCUGGACGGAAGGGGAGUGGGCAGGCAAGGAGCGGGAGCGAGAGACGUUGUUCCUGCGUAGCCUGAUCGGCGCCGACGCGCAGCUGCCCACAUGGACCGCUCCGGAGGAUAACUCUCCGCCGCCUGCCAUGCUGGAACGUCUGCGCGACGGUCGAGACCUGGUGCGGGCCCAUAAUUUCGCGAUCAAGAACUCCAAGCGGCCGUUCUUCGACAUCAAGACUUACCAUCAGGAUGUUGGGAAGCCAUAUCGCAUGGCCGAGAACCUGCGGUUCUGGAUCAAGGCGGCCGAGCUACGAUGGGAAACCAAGCUUGAGAUCGACGUGAUGGGAGUGGUACAGAACAACAGCGCCGAGGCGUGGAAGCAGUUUGAUGCAGCUCUGCUGUCCUGGUGUAAGGUAGUCCGCGAAGAACUGGUGCGGGAUUGGCGGGAGCGGCGAGCUUCCGCUGCCAGUCUUCCCAGUGACGAUCUGGUGAUCCGCCCUUUGUAAAAAGGAGGAUCUAGGAUGAUGUCUGUCAAUUGACCGAUUUCGGUCCUUGAGUAGGAAUAGAGGGUGGGAAGGGGGAAGGAGGGAAGGGUUAAGUGAAGAAAGGAGGAAGACCGACGGGACGGUCGGUGGGUUCGUUCUUGCGUGUUGAUUUUUUGCUGUCCGCUCUGACCACAUUGAUACCCCUUGCUUGUCUGAGCUCAGUCAGGUUGGAAAUAUUUGUGUUUUAAAUAUCUUGCCUGUUCCUUUGGAGGGGCGACUCUCUCCCUUCAUUGCGACUAUGGCUACGCUACGCCUCGUCUUCCAGGUGAAUGUCGGACAGGCCGCCGGCAUCCUUGUUCAGAAGAGGGGCCUAAUUCUGUU